AUGUCAGACGAAAUCGAACCUCAUAUAUUGAAAAGAUAUGAGAUAGUUAGAAAGAUAGGGAAGGGUGCUUAUGGAGUUGUAUGGAAGGCUAUAGACAAAAGAUUUAAGAAUACAUGUGUUGCAUUGAAAAAAAUAUUUGAUGCAUUUUAAAAUGCCACAGAUGCUCAACGAACAUUUCGGGAGAUUAUGUUCCUUUACGAAUUGGAUCAUCAAAAUAUUAUCAAACUGUAUAAUGUUCAUAGGGCAGAAAACAAUAAAGAUAUAUAUUUAGUUUUUGAACACAUGGAAACAGAUUUGCAUGGUGUAAUUAGAGCAGGUAUAUUGGAAGAAGUUCACAAAUAAUACAUUAUAUAUCAAAUACUGAAGAGCAUCAAGUAUAUGCACUCAGCGGAAUUAUUGCAUAGAGAUUUGAAACCUUCAAAUAUUCUGUUAAAUAGUGAUUGUUCUGUUAAAGUUGCUGAUUUUGGUUUAGUAAGAUCAGUAGCAUGUCGUUAAGAUGCCCCUUCUCCAAUAUUGACUGAAUAUGUGGCAACCAGAUGGUACAGAGCUCCUGAGAUAUUAUUGGGAUCCCAUACCUACACAAAAGGAGUGGAUAUGUGGAGUGUGGGUUGCAUUCUAGGGGAAUUGCUAACAGGAAAGCCAAUAUUUCCUGGGAAUUCUACAUUAAAUUAGUUAGAUCGUAUAUUACAAUUGACAGGCAAACCAUCGACUGAAGAUGUUGAGGCAAUACAGAGUCCCUUGGCCUCGACAAUGUUAGAGGCAAUCAAUCCACCAUAAGUGAAGCCCAUUCAUCAGUUGUUCCCAACUGCAAGUGACGAUGCCUUGGAUUUAAUAUAUCGAUUAUUGAAAUUCAAUCCAAACAAACGACUUACAGCUGAAAAAGCUUUGUCUCAUCCCUAUUUUUCAAAGUUUCACAAUGAAGUAGAUGAACCAUCAUCUGAAAAAAUAAUCACUUUAGCCAUCGAUGACAAUUAGAAGUUUUCAGCAAAUGAAUAUAGAGACAAACUAUAUGAAGAAAUUGCCACUAGGAAGCGAUAUAGUAUAAGAAAUUAGGAAGAUUUGAAUUCUUAAUUGCAUUCUCCUCCACCAGUUUCUGAUUCCAAUCAAAUUAGGGAGAGACCAUAAACUCAAGAAGUCAAAUCACAAUAAUAACAAUAAGACAGUGCUAAAUUAUUGGAUUCAGCCAAACAAUAAGAUUCAGCUAAGUGUUAUGAUUCUGCCAAAUAGGAUCCACUUAAAUAAAGGAAUUCAGGGAGAUCAAAUUCGAAAUAGUCCAAAUUUGUGUAAUCUGCCUUAACUGGACUCAUCAAUCCUAGGAAAAGCUCCAAACCAACAAAACAAUCCAUAUAAGCUUAAUAACAACCUAAUAAAACUUAUGCUCCUUCUUUUCCUAAUACAUCAUCAAUCGCAAUUUAGAAGAAUGUCUCUUAUACUCAAACAGAGCCCAAAGUGAUAUCUCAGCAACUCUAUUAAUAAUAUUACAAAUUAUUGAAUGCUGCCUAGGAUAAACUUUCAGUCAAUUAAGACUCUGCUUAAUCUUAACAAAAGGUCAAAAAAGGACUAAGUGCCUUGUUGGGAUCAAAUUAAAGUUUGAUUAGACAAUCUCAGAACAAACAGAAAAAGUGA